UCUCUUCUUCUUCUAGUUUUGUCUUUGGUUUAAUCUGAAAAAUGGAUGUAACGAAGCUUGAUUACAACUACAAAGGUGACAAUGCAUUAAAAGAGCUCGAGAGGAUCACCUCGAAAGCUGCUGAAGUUCAAGAUAACAUUUUAUGUGGGAUCUUAGAACGAAACAAGGACACAGAGUACUUGAGUAAGUACAUGAAAGGCUCUAAGGACGCUCUGGAGUUUAAACGCUCUGUGCCAAUCAUAAAGUACAAAGAUGUCUGUCCUUACAUUCAGAGAAUUGCAAAUGGAGAAGACUCUUCUCUUAUUACUGGUCAUCCAAUCACUGAAAUAUUAUGCAGCUCAGGGACUUCUGGUGGAGAGCCAAAGCUAAUGCCAACCAUUUCUGAAGAUCUUGAUCGCCGCACUUUUCUCUACAAUCUUAUUAUGCCAAUCGUGAACAAGUAUGUAACUGGACUUGACAAAGGAAAAGCAAUGUACUUAAAUUUCGUCAAAGCUGAAACAUCAACUCCUUGUGGUUUACCAAUUAGAGCAGUCCUCACAAGCUACUACAAGAGCAAACAUUUCCAAUGCAGAGCUUAUGAUCCAUUCAACGACUUAACCAGUCCUAUCCAAACCAUCCUUUGUGAAGACAGCAACCAAAGCAUGUACUGUCAGUUAUUAGCCGCACUGAUUCACCGCCACAAAGUGAUGCGUUUAGGAGCGGUCUUUGCUUCAGCGUUUCUCCGUGGAAUCUCUUAUCUCGAGCAAAAAUGGAGCCAGCUCUGCGAAGACAUCCGCACGGGUCAUCUCAGUCCCAUGAUCACGGAUCCAGGGUGCCAGAUGGCCAUGUCUUGCCUUUUAACGUCGCCAAAUCCAGGCUUAGCAAACGAGAUCGAGGAAAUAUGUGGACGCUCGUCGUGGAAAGGGAUUAUCUGUCAGCUGUGGCCGAAAGCAAAGUUCAUUGAAGCAGUAGUGACAGGGUCGAUGGCACAGUACAUACCAGCGCUUGAGUUCUUUAGCCAGGGAAAGAUUCCAUUGGUUUGUCCAAUGUAUGCUUCCUCUGAGACUUACUUUGGAGUCAACGUGAAGCCACUGUCGAAACCAGCCGACGUCGUUUUCACACUCUUGCCUAACAUGUGCUACUUCGAGUUUAUCCCUCUCGGCAAGAACGGGACCCUCUCUCUUGACCUAGACGACGAUGAUCAAGUCCCUUGUGAUAAAGUCGUUGACCUGGUCAACGUAAAACUUGGACGCUACUAUGAGCUGGUGGUCACAACUUUCGCAGGAUUGAACCGGUACCGAAUCGGGGAUGUUCUUCAAGUGGCCGGUUUCUACAACAAAGCACCACAAUUCCGGUUUAUCUGCAGGAGAAACGUGGUUCUAAGCAUCGACUUAGACAAAACCAACGAGGAAGAUCUACACAGGAGCAUCACGUUGGCCAAGAAGAAUCUCCACAACAAGGCAUUCCUGGCGGAAUACACGAGCUACGCGGACACGUCAUCAGUGCCAGGUCACUACGUGCUCUUCUGGGAGAUCCAAGGGCUCGAACCUGAUCAUCAACAGAAGCUGAUGGAAGAGUGUUGCAUUGCGGUUGAGGAAGAGCUUGACUACAUUUACAGACAAUGCAGGACGAAAGAGAGAUCGAUCGGGCCGUUGGAGAUAAGAGUGGUGGAGCCAGGAACGUUCGAGAAACUCAUGGACCUGAUUAUAAGCCAAGGAGGCUCCUUUAAUCAGUACAAAACGCCGAGAUGUGUUAAGUCCGACAGUGCCACGCUCGAGCUCUUGAACGCCCACGUCACCGCUUCCUUCUUUAGCCCCCGUUACCCGACUUGGUCCCCGUGACUAAUUUCUAUAUAAUUUACACUCUCCGUAAUUAAUUAAUAAUCAACAUCACCAUCGUUUUCGCGGUUUA